GCAAUAAUUCAACCCUUAGGCCGCGUGAAUUUUACAUUAGUAAGGCAGGUAGCACCUGAGGAUUACAUAACAAAAUCAUGCUCAUAACGUCACGUGGAUGGAGUAAACUGUUAUAAGAUACCGCACAUGCAACCUUCUUAGGCAGACUUAAUAUUUGAGAAAAUUUGCAAUGAACGGAUUAACGAAAGCUGUGGUUGCGCUUACACUGUUAUCAUGUGCGUGGGGACAGAGACACAACACCAACUCUUUUGGGCAAGUUCAUCCAUGGGAGCCUAGUUAUAAACCUGACAUGGAUUACUCCACGCACCUGUUGGAGAACCACUACAACCAAUUAGCUCUGCAGCAACAACAGGGGGUGCCUCCGUAUCAGCCGGACUACCCAGACGAUUAUCAGGGUAGGGGCGGUUUCACUGACCAACGUCUACAACACCCGUCCGUGCCUCAGCACCCUCAGCGCCCAGUCAUGAUCCUUCCACCCCAAAACCGGUAUCACGCCUCUUUCAACAGUCGCAUCGGGGGAUUUGGAUUUGGGGGGUCCGGUUUUGAUGCACCCGGAAUCCAGUUUGGGGUUCACCAUGCCCCGUUUUAUAGGCCGAAUGUCGUCUCGCCCAUUUUCUGGCAAUACGACAAACCAUCAUUAAUGGACAAAGUUGGAAAAUUCGCGAAAAGCGACACAGGAAAGGCGAUCGGUGCAUUGGCAGCUGGAACUCUUUUGGCCAAGACUAUCAACAACUGAUCAGGAAAAAGAGUCGAGUAAUGGUCUAACCUAAACAAAUUGAAACAGCACAAGAAGCGAAAACCAAAACCUAACAUUCUACAAUUGUUUAUGUUUUUAUACAAAUACUCUAAUAAACUGGCAUUUAUCAAUGUCUGAGAAUGA